AUGCGGCUUCUCAAUCCCGCCAGGCUGUUGGCGCAGACUCGCAAGCUCCACCAUGUCUCGACCCGUUUGUCACUGAGGCCUUAUGUACCUGACACGAGGCUGGCAUGGAGGCAGCAGAUUGUGGAGGGGAAGCCGAACCGUCUUGCCAGAGUCACAGUCGUCAAACAUCCACAACGGUGCAUUUCUGGUGAACAGACUGCCAGGGAUUUGAACCAGCAGGGAAUCGACGAAGCUCUAUCCGAGUUUGACUCUACCGUUGCCGAAGAAGGAAAAGACAAGCAGUUGCGAGCCCCAUGGCAUCGGCAAGGAGCACAAGAACCCCCCGUACGAAGGCAACGCUCUGCCGGGGCCAUGACUAAAGGCAAACUGCUUAAGCUUGUCCUGCCCCUGACUACCAUUGACCAAAACUCUGACAGAAAAGAUGUCGCUCCUCUGGCUCUUCUUGUCCAUCCUCAGCAGCCCCUCUCCUAUCUCGAAAGACUAAUCCAGUCAGAACUACCUACCAUCAGCACUGAUGAUGGAAACAAUAAGGUACCCUCAGUGUCAUUCAGAGCGAUGGAAGCUACAACAGACGAGAUCAAACCAGUGAAAAAGCUACCAUCGGAAAAGGAAGACGAUCAGGAAUCUCAAAAAGGGUCCUUAGGCGAAGGGGGCGUUGAGAGCUACAGUGGUGCCGGCCGAGAAGGAGAGGGCGAAGACCAAGGAGAUUUCGUAAGGUGGAGUGCUUCGACAGAGAUUGGAGACUUCAUAAGAGACGCAGCACGAGCGAAAGAGUUCGAGGUCGAGAUCGAAGGAAGUCCACGGGCAAUCAAAGUUGCAGUACCGUCUUUCAACGACCGAACAUUCUAUCUGCGACAAAGGCUUCGGAAGACGUCUAAGCAAAUCGCUGACAUGGCUGCAAUUAAGAAGGAAUGUGACCUUGCUGCUCACAGGAGUGGGCAAAGGCUAGCUAUGGGUGGCUGCGGUUUGUUGAUUGGUUGGUGGUACGUGGUGUAUCGAUUGACCUUCGAGACGGACUUAGGCUGGGAUGUUAUGGAGCCAGUAACUUACCUUGUCGGGCUCAGCACCAUCAUCGGCGGCUAUAUGUGGUUUUUGUACCAUAACCGUGAGGUGUCAUACAGAUCAGCAUUGAACCUGACCAUCAGUCGGCGUCAAAGCAAGCUAUAUGAGCUGAAAGGGUUCGACAUUCAGAAGUGGGAGGCAUUAGUCGAAGAAGCAAAUGCUAUCAGAAAAGAAGUCAAGGCCGUUGCAGCCGAGUAUGACGUCGAAUGGGAUGAAGCCAAAGACGAACAUGGCCAAGAAGUGAGCAAUGUUCUGCGAGAAGAACGGAAAAAAGAAAAGGGCCCGAAGAAGAACGACAAAGAGGAGGGUGAAGACGACGAUUAA